GCGAGUAAACAUUGCGACUCCUCGGCUCCAAGGCUCCUCGUCCUCUUCUUCCCAUUUCACGACAUGAUUUCGUGUUUCAGGAUGGUCCACGAGGGCCAGAUAAGCCUCCAGAGCUUCCUUCUAGGCCUGGGGAUCCUGAGUUACUUCCUUGUGACGUGCGGGUUAUGGUCGCCGCGGCUCGGAGUGGCGGAGGAGUGGCUGCAGGACCACCCCUGGGUCUACUGCGGCUGCUUCUGUGCCUCCGUCAACGCCGUCCUCGCCCUGGCCUUCAGGGGCAAGAGCUGGCAGAUAGCUGUACGAGGAUGUUUCCUGGGCACAGCCUGUGGGCUAGGCGUAAUGGUCAGUGUUCUCUGCAGUUCCUCAUACCAUGUGUUCGGUUGGUACAUGGUAGUGCUGACUCUCUUCCAUUACUCGGAAUACAUCACCACGGCCAUUGGCAAUCCUGCCACUCUCAGCCUCGAUUCCUACCUGUUGAACCACAGUGUUGCUUAUGGCCUUGCAGCUGUGGCAAGUUGGGUGGAGUUCUUCAUCGAGAGGCACUUUCUGCCUGAAAUGAAGACCCUGUGGUACCUCAGUACCUUUGGCAUCCUGGUCUGCCUAUGGGGAGAGAUCAUUAGGAAGGCAGCUAUGCUCACUGCUAAGACUAACUUCAACCACAUUGUGCAGACAGAGAGGCAGAAGGACCAUGAGUUGGUUACCUGGGGUGCCUACAGUAUGUUUCGGCACCCAAGUUACGUUGGCUGGUUCUGGUGGAGCAUUGGCACCCAGCUGAUCCUUGUCAACCCCAUAUGCACCAUAGCCUAUGCACUUGCUUCAUGGAGCUUCUUCUAUGAGAGAAUCUAUUUUGAGGAGAUAACACUUAUCAAGUUCUUUGGGGAGAAGUACCUUGAUUACCAAAAGAAAGUAGGUACAGGCUUACCUUUUAUUCGAGGGUAUCAGUAUGUGCGACGUGUUCGCCAAGAAAGUGAAUGAGGGUAUGAGUAGCUUUAUGCAAGCACAAGCAGUAUACCUUUUUUUCCCCCCCAUUUCCAUUUGAUUCUUUUCUUUUGCAAAGCAUCAGUUUCACUUAAAGAAGCGCUCAUUAUACUAACCUGAUUCAUUCAAGUUUGAUUUUUUCAUAUGAAGUUGAUUAGAGAAUGCUGGCAUUUUCUCUGAUAUUCAGUAUAUGGGUUUUCCAUAUGAUGUUGAUUAAUUAUUUUACUGUAAUUAAUUCCUCUAAUAUGAAUAAUUCUCUUAUUAGGCAGCAAACUUGCUUUCUCUGAGAGGUGCAUUCACAGGGAUAUGUACAUUUUUAUAUGUAAACAGUUAUUAACAUUUACAAAUGUUUGCAUGUGUGUACAGUUUUCUAUUCUGUCUUUCCUUUUAUUCCCUUCUGAUAGCAUGGUUGUUCAAUGUUUUUUUCUCACAAUGCAUAUUAAUGGGAAAGCUAUUUCAAGAAUGUUGGUACUUGGUUUAUAUUCUGUUCAAAUGGGCAAUUUCUUGUAUAUGUUCAGAUGAAAGAAAAUGUGCAACAGAAAUUACAUAAGCAUAUAGUGCCAAAUGAACUUUAACCAUCAGUAUUGUUUAAUUAUCUUAAGCACAGAUUUGAAUAUUAUUCACUUUGUAUUAAUGCAGUAGAUUAAUGAUUUCUUGCCUUCAGAUACUAUAUAGCUCUUUGAAGUCCUUUGCAUAAUAGUUCAUGGAAGUUUAGAGUAGAAUGCACAUUGUUAAUGAGUAUGAGCAUA